AUGUCUGCUCUCCCCCGUGUGUCUGCUAACGCCAAGCCCUUGGGCAAGAUCGUCAUGGAGCUCCGCAAGGACGUUACCCCCAAGACCGCCGAGAACUUCCGUGCCCUGUGCACUGGCGAGAAGGGCUUUGGCUACAAGGGCAGCGUCUUCCACCGCGUGAUCCCUCAGUUCAUGCUCCAGGGCGGUGACUUCACCAACCACAACGGCACUGGUGGCAAGUCGAUCUAUGGCGAGAAGUUUGCUGACGAGAACUUUACCUCAAGCACACUGAGCCGGACUUUUUUCUUUAUCACCACUGUUGAUUGCCCGUGGCUUGAUGGCAAGCACGUCGUGUUUGGCAAGGUUACCGAGGGCCUUGAUGUUGUCAAGGCGAUUGAGGCCCUUGGCUCCCAGAGCGGCAGGCCUUCCCAGAAGGUUGUCAUUGACGACUGUGGCGAGGAGACCAACUAAAAAGUUUUUAAUAAAAAGGAUUGGUUCAACUCUUUAUUCGUGCAU